AAAUCACUGGUUAAUAUUACGUCUCGACUGAUCUAAAGCUUUACUACAUAUAAGCUAGAAACCCUAUCUUCAUAACUGGGACACUCCAGCCAAUAAAUAUACUUAAGUGCAUGAACAGAUCGAUUACUGACAACCAGCAGGAACUAUUUGAACGCACACUUUAAAUAACAGAGCUUGUAGAGGAGAAAGAUUGAGGUAUUCUACUAAUGGUACAGCUUUGAGUAUCUACGACGAUGCCAAGCUACGAUACAAGUGAUUUGUUCAUUGUCUGAAAUAUGUCGACCAAAUUGAAGGAAGGCAACAGAGAGAUAAAUCAUCGUGACAGCGGUCAGUUUCAUAAUGUUGAACACAGACCGGAUGUUUCCUCAUUUAUUGCACAUUUCAAUUUGGGAAGAGGCGGUCAAAUCGGUAUUUCCAGAUUUCAAGAGUUUCUUAUCUUCUGUGAAAAGAAUAAAAUAGAAACGUGUGUUUUGAAUGACGUGUUGAAGCUUUUUCAGCUAGGAGGGGAAGUUUUGAAUAGCUUAGAUAAAAAUGGGGAGUCUCUUCUGGCCUGGAUUUUGAAAAGAGGUCAUCGAUGCGAAGAACUAUUUAAAUUUUGUUUACAAAAUGGAACAAACAUAAACAGAUUGAACAGAAAUGGUGAAACAGUUUUUCAGUCGAUUUUCUUUCGACUAGCUGCAGAUGAAUCUAAAGAUAACAGUUUAUUAAAAGCUUGCCUUUAUGAAAAUCCUCACCUGCAUUUUGCUACAAAGGACAGUAUUCUGGAGGUUGCCCUUUACCACGAUCAUUUUGAAUUGGAACAACGUCGAAACGGUGAAAAUGAUGACAUGACGGAUUACGCAUUGAAUUCGUUUGUGUAUACACUCUUUAAAGCUGGAAUAAAUUAUCCAAUAGAAGAAUAUGUAAAUGAAAGUUUACAUGCUAGAAUUGCCAUGUUCCUUUCAAGGCGGUUUCCUAGUCUUUACGACAACCACCCAAGAAAACACAGCACCCUUAGAAACAAAAUAAUAAAAUCCAAUAUUCCAAAAGAAGUGUUGCAGCCACUGCUAGAUACAACAUUGGAACUUCUCAGACCAUGUACCAGACCGAGAACGCUGAAAGAUAUUUGCAGGAAAAGAUUACGAGCUCAUUAUCCUGGUCGAAACUUGCACAGGGCUAUGAGUGCCAUGUUGGUACCAAAACCAAUCAAAGCGUUUGUGCUCCUAGAAGAAUAUAAUGUACUUGAAUUGUAAUCCAAGAAUAUAGAUUAUGUUGUGGUGUGUCAAAGUUCCUGGACAAGAAAUACAACACAAAGAUUCAUUUGAGCAAUUUUGUCUAUGCCUUUUUGUCGAUCUGUCACAAACAUAAGCAAUACUUGAUGAUAUUCAUCACAUAACUUUUAUUUAUAUGAUUGCUUUCUAUACUACGAUAAACAUUUAAUUCUCAUAUUGAUGAUAUUCAUCAAACUAUUUAACUUAUGACUAUAUUUUUAUGAAUUCUUUGUUUCUUUUAUUGAUAACAAUUCGCAACGGUCGUUAUGCAUACCACUGUUAAAUGUAUGAAUGUUUUCUUUUAUUUGUUUCUUGAAAAAGGUAACAAUGGUAUUGAUGAUAUUCAUCAAACUGUUGAACUCAUGAUAACUGUUUUGAGAAAUGUUUGUUUCUCCAUAAAGAUAAAUAAUUUAUUAUUGAUGAUAUUCAUCACACUGCUUUACGAGUAAUAAUUGUCCUAUGAAAUCAUUGCUUCUUCAUAAAGAUAAACACUUUAUUAUUGAUGAUAUUCAUCAUAUUGUUUAACUCAUGAAUAUGUUUUAAGCAAUCUUUGUAUAUUUAUAAAGAUAUACACUAAUUAUUUAUAGUGAUAUUCAUCCCACUGUUUAACUUAUGUUUAUAUUUCUAAGGAAUUCCUGUUUCAUCGCUAUCAUAUCUUUGUUUAUUCACAAAGAUAAACUCUUCGUUAUUGAUGAUAUUCAUCCCACUGUUUAACCUAUGAUUAUUUGCUUGCUAAAUAAAAGUUUAUUCACAAAGAUCA